AGGGGAUCCUUGAAGAAGAGUGGCAGGGAAGAGGACAGUACAUCCCCUGCACUGUCUAUCUCCCCCUGCUCUUUUGUUCUAGCCUGGGAGAAAAGGACAGGCCUGCAUUAUAUUUUUUUUUAAAGAAGGGGGAUCAUAUUCUGGGACCAUGUCCAGUGGCAAGGAGGCCGGUGGAAUUCACCCUUACCAACAACAGCAACAUGCCCAAUACGUUGGACCCUACAGACUGGAAAAGACUCUUGGCAAAGGACAGACAGGUUUGGUUAAACUAGGCAUACACUGCAUAACGGGACAGAAAGUGGCAAUAAAGAUUGUAAACCGAGAAAAGCUUUCAGAGUCUGUCUUAAUGAAGGUGGAAAGAGAGAUUGCUAUCCUGAAGCUGAUUGAGCAUCCCCACGUUCUCAAGCUGCAUGAUGUCUAUGAAAAUAAGAAAUAUUUAUACUUGGUGCUUGAACAUGUGUCCGGUGGAGAACUUUUUGACUACCUGGUUAAAAAGGGGCGACUAACUCCAAAGGAGGCUCGAAAAUUCUUUCGACAAAUCAUAUCCGCUCUAGAUUUCUGUCACAGCUACUCCAUAUGCCACAGAGACUUGAAGCCUGAAAACUUAUUGUUAGAUGAGAAAAACAACAUAAGGAUAGCAGAUUUUGGAAUGGCGUCACUGCAGGUCGGCGACAGUUUACUUGAGACCAGCUGUGGGUCUCCUCACUAUGCAUGCCCUGAGGUGAUCAAGGGUGAGAAGUAUGACGGGCGUAGAGCCGAUGUGUGGAGUUGUGGAGUUAUCCUAUUUGCUCUUCUUGUGGGAGCGUUGCCAUUUGAUGAUGAUAACUUGCGCCAGCUUUUAGAGAAAGUGAAGCGAGGUGUAUUUCACAUGCCACAUUUUAUCCCACCGGACUGUCAGAACCUGCUGCGUGGCAUGAUCGAAGUGGAACCAGAGAAAAGGCUUAGUCUAGAACAGAUCCAGAAGCAUUCGUGGUACUUGGGUGGCAAAAAUGAACCUGAGCCUGAACAACCCACGCCCCGAAAAGUGUCCAUCAGAAGGAUUCACUCAGUAAGUGAGUUUGACCCAGAUGUCCUGGACAGCAUGCAUUCCCUGGGAUGCUUCAGGGAUAAAAACAAACUAAAACAGGAACUUCAGAAUGAAGAUGAAAACCAGGAAAAGAUGAUUUAUUACCUUCUACUUGACCGCAAAGAAAGAUAUCCAAGCUGUGAGGAUGAAGACCUCCCUCCUCGAAAUGACAUAGACCCUCCACGUAAAAGAGUUGAUUCACCAAUGCUAAAUCGCCAUGGAAAGCGCCGUCCGGAAAGAAAGUCAAUGGAAGUCUUAAGUGUGACAGAUGGGGGCUCUCCUGUCCCUGCUCGACGUGCUAUUGAGAUGGCACAACACAGUCAAAGGUCCAGAUCUGUCAGUGGUGCAUCAACUGGCCUCUCGUCUAGUCCUCUCAGCAGUCCUAGGCCGGGUCAAAGAUUCAAUCCCGUUUUCACUUUCUCCCCCACACCGCUGGAAGCCGCUGAUGGGGAGGAUCCCCGUGCCAUCUGGCAAUCCAAAGCUGCUCACCGUCAGCCUGACCCGAAGACCCAAACACUGCCUGCUAAGACCAGUCUGGGAGAGAAGCCCCUCCACACCAUUAAAUCCAAUCCCUUACCCAUUACCAUGACUGCCUCCUCCCCGCCGCAUGACUCCUCUACUUCGCCUCAUCGCUCCCCGUUAUCCCCACCUUUCUUUCCUUCCUCACUGCCUGCUCGUUUUUUCCCUGGUACUAAAUCCACCACCAAAUCUAUCCCUUUGCCGCAGGUGACCCCUCACCCUUCUCCCCGAGGUAGCCCCCUCCCUACCCCGCUGGGCACUCCAGUACAUACGCCCAAGGACAGCCCGACUGGGACACCCAGUGGCACCCCUCCCUCCAGUCCUGGUGUUGGUGGAGUGGCUUGGAAGACACGGCUCAACUCUAUCAAGAAUAGUUUUCUGGGAUCCCCACGAUUCCAUCGUCGGAAAUUGCAAGUGCCGACUCCAGAAGAAAUGUCAAGUCUUACUCCAGAAUCCUCACCAGAGCUUGCAAAGAAGUCCUGGUUUGGUAACUUCAUUAACUUAGAUAAAGAAGAACAGAUAUUUGUAGUGAUUAAAGACAAACCUCUCAGCUCAAUAAAGGCUGAUAUCGUCCAUGCUUUCCUCUCAAUCCCAAGCUUAAGUCACAGCGUGAUCUCUCAGACCAGCUUCAGGGCGGAGUACAAGUCAUCAGGGGGUCCAUCUGUGUUCCAGAAACCUGUCAAAUUUCAGGUGGACAUCAGUUACUCCGAGGGAGCUGAGGCACACAAAGAGAAUGGCAUCUACUCUGUGACCUUCACUCUAAUAUCAGGUCCCAGUCGCAGGUUUAAGAGAGUUGUAGAAACUAUUCAGGCGCAGCUUCUGAGCACACAUGAUCAGCCUUCAGUUCAGGCACUAGCAGAUGAGAAGAAUGGACAUCAAAGCCGACCGCCAGGCACUCCUACUCGAGGCUGCCAGAACUCACGUCGCUCCGAGCCUGACAUGGCAGAGCACCAUCGGCGAGGAUCCUCCAAAGACAAGAAACUUUUGGCUUCCAAUGGAACGCAAACACAGCCAUGACCAUGGGGGAACACAUGGUGUCAGGACAUACUGGCACAGAUCUGAUCAAACACUACAAAUAUGAACAAAACGAUGCAAGAGAAGGCAGCGCCCUGAUGUCUGAGAGAAAACUUCUAUGGAUACGCUUACAUAGAGAUACACAGGCAUAUAUCCUAUCCCAGGUGUACACACAUACACACACACUUACAUGUGUGCCAGGAUAUAGACUGUUACGCAUACCCAAGUUUCCAAAAAAAAGAAAUUGAUACACAAACAUGUACAACUGCACGAACAUACAGAGCAAUGAGCACAUACACCGCAAAAGAGCAAGAGAGCAAGACGCAGGAGCUACUUGUUGGCAUUACUGUGAAGAUGUAAAUAUUUCCAAAAAAUCAAAAAUAAGAAAAAAAAAAGGGAAACAGCA